AUGUCGUCGACGUUUGCGUGGAGCCGCUUCGGGCAGCCCGUGUCGGAGCUGCCGACGGAGCCCGUGAAGACGAGCAACGAGCCCACCACCCCCGAGGAGCGCUUCAACCUCAUCACACGUGGCCUGCAGGAGACCACCAAGCCCGAAGUCCUCAUGGAGGCGAUGCUCAUCUCCAUUGGCGUGCCUGUGGACAAGCUCAAGUUUGUUGUUGGCAGCUCCUACCAGCUCAGCCAGUCAGUUGACCCACAACUUCAGUCAUGUGUUGUGCACCACACAAGAUGA